AUGGGAAUCCGUUCGGUAGCUCUUUUCUCCGAAGCCGACCGCAUGUCGAAACACGUCAUGCUGGCCGACGAAGCGUAUCCCAUCGGCCCGGCUCCGUCGAAAGAAAGUUACCUCGACGUCGAUAAAAUCAUCGAAACAGCUCUGAAAUGCGGUGCGGACGCCGUCCAUCCGGGAUACGGUUUCCUAUCGGAAAACGCCGGAUUCGCACGAAAAUGCGAAGUGGCGGGAAUCACGUUCAUCGGCCCGCGUGCGGAGACGAUCGAACGGAUGGGCGACAAGAUCUCGGCCCGCCGGUCGAUGACGGAAGCCGGCGUGCCCGUGGUGCCCGGCAUCCAGCGCCAACUCGAAUCGGCCACUGAAGCGGAACGGAUCUGCCGAGAAAUCGGCUUGCCGGUCAUUCUGAAAGCGGCUUCCGGCGGCGGCGGCAAGGGUAUGCGCCUGAUCCGGUCGGAAAGCGAAAUCGGCGAGGCGUACGCCGCCGCUAAAUCGGAAGCUCUGUCGUCGUUCGGGGACGAAACAGUCUACAUCGAAAAAUACAUCGAGGAACCGCACCACAUCGAAUUCCAGAUACUGGGGGACGCGCACGGGAAUAUCGUCCAUCUGUACGACCGGGAGUGUUCGGUACAGCGCCGCCACCAGAAAAUCGUGGAAGAGAGUCCGUCGCCGUUCCUGACCGACGAACUGCGACAGGAAAUGGGAAAGACCGCGGCGGCGGCGGCCCGGGCAGUCGGUUACGUCGGGGCGGGAACGAUCGAAUUUCUCGUCGAACAUCCCGUAACUGAAGAAGUGCUGGGCCUCGACCUGGUCAAAGAACAAAUCUACAUCGCCUCGGGCCGCCCGCUGCACCUGCGACAAACGGACAUCGUCCAGCGGGGGCACUCCAUCGAGUGCAGGAUUUGCGCCGAGGAUGCGGACAACGGCUUCAUGCCUUCGCCGGGACUCGUCAAACAGGUUACCGAACCCAACGGGCUCGGAAUCCGCAUCGACAGUUACAUUUACGAGGGUUACGAAAUUCCUGUCUACUACGAUCCGAUGAUCUCCAAACUGAUCGUCCGGGCGACUACGCGCGAAUACGCCGUCCAGCGUAUGCGCGCGGCACUGGACGAAUACAAAGUUACAGGCAUCAAAACCAACAUCUCUUACCUGAACGCCAUCAUGCAUACGCCCGACUUCGUCCGGGGCGGCUACGACACGGCGUUUCUCGAAAAAAACGAAAAGAUCAUACACCGCUACUUACGGGAACCUUUCCCGGCCGGAGCGGAUGACAGACUGGUCGAAGACCUGGUGCUGAUCGCCGCACAGAUCGACUAUUUGGUCAUGCAACAGGAGGCGGAGGAAGUUCACCCGCGGCGGCGGACACCGGCACGCUGA